AUGUACUACCUCUUCACUCCCCACUCGCCUCGACUCACACCCAAACCAAGACCAUCUUCUGCACACACCCACCUCACAAUGCACACCAUCUCCCUCCUAACCACAGCUCUAGCGUUGACCUCCCACACCUGCUGGGCAUCAGCCCUCCCCACCGAGCUAGAAACCCGCCAAAGCCCCUCACCCACAUGGCAAGACUCCUGCGGCAACCCAGCCCCAAACACCUUCCGCGCCUUCAACAUCGGCAACUGCGAAGCCCAACUAACCUUCAACCGCGGCAAGAACAUCGGCGUCAUGUGGAAUUUCGAUGCUAUAUAUCCUGAUGGGAGCCGAGUGAACCACGACCCGUUCCGCGACUUCAACAACAUAGCCGUCUCCGACCCCUUCUACACCAUCGGCUACGGAACCAACUACAUCACCAACCGCACGCAAUCGCAAGCUUUCACUUCCGUGCAUGAGUUCAGUAAUGUCUGCCGUAAUGGCGUGGCUCCGUCGGGUUGGGUUUUCUACACUUCGUCAGCCAACAGUGCUUGCACGUCCAGCUCGUAUCGCUUCACCACGGGCCGCAUCACUACGACUACAGGCACCAGACCUGCCAAAACGAAUUUCUCAGGCAGAAGCAUCAAUGCUGCGGGCGAGAUUGAGAUCACCUGGACUGGGGCCGAUGGGGCGCAGAGUUAUAAUGCGUUUAUUAGGAUUCCGACGAAUAGGUAUGAAGGCGGCAAUGGCUAUUUCACUACAGACCGCGGAGCAAGACUAGGCUCAAGCGCAAGGAGUGCCCGCUUCCCUGGCGUGACGGCCUCCAGGAACCAGGAAGAGCCGAGGAAGGUGUAUGUGAAUGUGAUGAAUGCGCAGGGCGUGUGGUCUUUCACACCAGGUACUGUGCCGGUUGAUGUGUUCAUUUGA